AGUUCUCGAUUAUUAUAAAACUUGUCGACAAGUUCGUCUUGGGUUCCAGCUGGUUAUCAUGAGUGUCCACACCGGGCGGUCGCAGCCUCUUAACUACAACCCCUGCCAAUGCAUCCGGACCGCAGGGAUCCUCAAAUACCACCGGGAGUCGGAAAAACCCCCACAUCCGUCGACCUCUUUUGAUCUGGAGCCUCCGACGGAGUACCAGGUCCACUGUGAGUUCUGUGGAGGAUACGUGCUGCCGUCACCGGACCCCACCAUCCAGAUGCCGAUGAGACAGACCUCCACGUACUGCUGCAAGGAGCGCCGGGGCCUGUGCCGCAUCCUGAAGAACCGGAAGUCCAAGAAGUGCGACUGGGGGUUGGACAGCAUGGACUCAGACGACGACUGCUCCACGGCUGACCUGGAGGAACUGCUCUUCCAGGGAAAGGACGCGGAAAUGCACAAAGAUCCGAGACUCAACAUGGAUGGAGUCUUCCUGCCUCAAGAUGACGAAACGGCCCUGAAGGUUCUGAGAAUUCGCCUCCCGCCUGCUCCGUUGAAGGGCUGCUUGACCCGGAACAGGCCCGCUAGCAUGCCAGAGAAGGCCUCCAAAACCAAAGAGGAGGAGCCGUUCACGCUGCCUGAGUGUGACCACAAGCCCCUUACUUUUGGAGUCUGUCAUCAUCAGGAAGGGGGCGUAUUCCUCCAGAAGCAUUACUCCGACGGAGAGACGUUUCUCACCUUGUUUCCUGACGGCUCAGCGCAGAUCUUCUACCCAUCCGGACUCUUGGCUCUGGUGGUCGUGUUGACAAAAGCCAACGGAAGAGUUUGCAUCGUGUACGACGACAGCGGCGCCCCGACUCAACCAAUCAGAGCCAUCUUCCAAUCGGAUGGCAAAGUCACGUGUUACCAUGGCGACGGCAGUGUAUGGCUGCUCAUGGACCGGUCCGGCGGUCAGUGUCUGAACCAGUCAGGGGUCAGAGUGCGUCGAUGGUCGUGGAGCCCCUCAUCCACCCCCUUGCUCCCAGUCGUCCUGUCCCUCAACCGGAACAUCGGGGUCCGAGUUAUGGGACGGGAACAGGUCUACCUGUCCUUUCUGGCCAAAAGCCAACAGGCCCGGCUGAGCGUGGGCUGCUGCGGCCAGUGUGUGAGCUCCAGAGAGCAGCGGCCCUCCAGCCCGCUCGUGCUGAAGGAGGAGCUGUGGGUGAUGGCUGCCAGAAUCAAAGUCCACUUGACCAUCCAGAACAUCCACAACAUUCUGACCGGGCCCACCCACCCUCGUCUGCAGAAGGCCUCCGUCAGCCCCAGCCUGCGAGCGUGCGCGCGGAGAGUUGUGGAGGCGUGCGCCAACGCCAGGCUGGACAACAGCGAACAGUCUUACAUCGAGGACUGCCUGCAGGAUUGCCUCUAGAGAGCUGCGGGUUUCUGUUGCCAGGACAACACCGCAACAAACUUAAAAAAA